CAAGCCUCAAGCGGCUGGGCCUGCUUCCGGUAGUCUUGGCGGAGGUGCUCAGAUAGUGUGGCAUCGGUGGUGGAGUUUGCUGAGCAUUUUCUAGACCCCAGUAGGCAUGGCGGCGGCAUUUCGCAAGGCAGCUAAGUCUCGGCAGCGGGAACAUCGAGAACGAAGCCAGCCUGGCUUUCGAAAACGUCUGGGUUUGCUGGAGAAGAAGAAAGAUUACAAACUUCGUGCAAAUGACUAUCAUAAAAAGCAAGAUUUCCUCAGAGCUCUCCGGAAGAAGGCUCUGGAAAAGAAUCCAGAUGAAUUCUACUAUAAAAUGACUCGGGAUAAGCUCCAGGACGGAGUUCAUGUCAUCAAGAAGACCAAGGAAGAAGUGACACCGGAGCAGCUAAAGUUGAUGAGAACUCAGGACAUCAAAUAUAUAGAGAUGAAAAGGGUUGCAGAAGCCAAGAAAAUCGAAAGACUGAAAUCAGAGCUCCACCUGCUGGAUUUCCAGGGGAAGCAGCAGAACAAGCACGUGUUCUUUUUUGACACCAAAAAGGAAGUUGAACGGUUUGAUAUUGCAACUCACUUGCAAACGGCCCCAGAACUGGUAGACAGGGUCUUCAAUAGACCCAGGAUAGAGACCUUGCAAAAGGAGAAAGUGAAAGGCCUCACCCCUCAGACUCAGCUCAAGAGGAUAGCUAAAGAAAGACAAAGGCAGUAUGAUUGCUUGACGCAGCGAAUUGACCGGGAGAAGAAGCUGUUCGUGGUUGCACAGAAAAUUCAAACUCGCAAAGAUCUUAUGGAUAAAAAUAAGAAGGUGAAGGUGAAGAAAGAAACAGUGAACUCCCCGGCUAUUUACAGAUUCCAGACUCGCCGAAAACGUUGAUACGUUAAAAAUAAGUCUCAUCAUUCUGCAUUGAAAAGAACCUUUUUCUCCUUUUGCAAUAAUUUCAGAUCUCAUUAGUUCAGAUGCCUUGAUUUUCUUUUUUGUAAUCAUGACUUAUUGUUAACCUGUUAUUUGAUAUCUGUGAGAACAUUAAAGCCCCUUCCCCAAUAUCAUUGUUUCUGUAUUAUUAUUAUUUGAUUUUUCGAGACAGGGUUUCUCUGUGUAGCUUUGGACUGUUGUGGAACUCACUCUGUAAACCAGGCUGGCCUUGAACUCACAGAGAUCCUUCUGCUUCUGCUUCCCAAGUGCUGGGGUUAAAGGUGUAUGCCACCACUGCCCAGCUUUGUUUCUAUAUUAUGAAUUCAUUCUCUUACAUAUAGUACUUAUUUUUCCUUAUAAAAGUUACUUAACUUUAUAUAGCAAAGUAGAAGAUAGAUGAAUACACCUCUGAUCUCAGUAUUUAAGAACAGUUAUUCCAUAGUAGGAGCUUGGGCUGCUACUGUGGGCAUUCUGGUGUAUGUCCCCCAUUGGGAGAGUUAUAUAUCAAUUUUUGUUUAUCAUUCUAGCAAAUUUUACAUUCUAAUUUUAAUUAAAUCAUUGCUCUGUUCAA